AUGCCCAUUUCCUCCCGUAUUGCUUCUUUAAGUAGAGGAACUGCGAUGGCCAUGGGCGCCAAGUCUACUCUUGACUCUAUAAAUAUCCUUGUGAAGAUCGUACAAGACAUUGAAAACCAUCUUUAUUGUCCGGAAACUACUGGUGGAUUCGAGUUGGCACUGGAAAUAAUGAAACCUUGA